GGAUGGAGUAAUUUUCUUCCGUUCACUUCCGUCUCUUCGACACCACCCAACUACGAUGAGGAUGAGUGACCCGCGGCGAUGCGCUCCCUGGUGGCGACGGAUGAAUUGCGCACAUAGCCACGAGGUCGACGGAGUAUGAGUACCGAGGUUAAACCGGCAGCGCAUUCUGCAACCUGUUUAGUUGAAGUUCACUGAUUGCCUUCAAGAAAUCAAAGAUGUUCGCGAGACAGAAACGUUGAUGCAGGCAAAUAUGAAACACCGACGAUUUGUUUUCUUGUUCGAAAUUGGUGUUUUGUUUUGUGCACAAUUUAUGUCUUAAGCACUUGUUCGACUAGAUGAGGAAAUCCUCCACAGAGACGAUGGUGCAAACACGCAGUAACGCCAAUAUAGGUACCGGAGUUCCCCAGCAGGGGGAGAACAGUGCCACUGGAGGCCGGAAUCCUCCCAUCACCACGGGGGAGGCUGAGGCCCUCAUUCAGAGGGUUGGGAUCACAGCCGAACAAUUCAAGGAGGUACUGGCUACACUUGCGCCCAACCGCAAGGUUGUGGUAGAAGAUGUGGCUAGGGGACCCACAGGCGGGAAGGCUGGACCUGUGGACUCCCAAGGGAAAAAGAAGAAAGUGAGGCGGUCCCAGAAGAAGAAGGCGACCAAGCCUAAUGGGAAGGCGGUGAUGGUGGAUGCGCUUUCCAGGCUGGACGAAGAGGACGAGUCGUCCUCCUUCGAGCGGAUGUCUGCUUUUGACCGUUUGGGAGAUCCCAAAUCAAAGAAACUUCGGACCUCUGCGUUCGAACGGUUGCAAGACACUCGGUCGGCCCGAAAAGGCGACUUGAGGGACACGCUCAAGGAGAAAAGAGGGGAGUCCACAGCGACCUCCAAGAUCGGUCCUGAGGAGCGACGGACGAUGGUCGAGGACAAGGGCGCAGCCGAGCUGUGGAGAAUGUACGAACAACUGGAGAAGCGGCUGGACGCCCAGAACCCCUACCGCCAGGCGGUCUUCAGUGAGGUAACGCCCUUCUCCAGGAGGAUAAUGUCUUGUCCUCUCCUGGAUAAUUUCAAAACUCCCCAAAUCAAGGCAUACAACGGGACGACUGAUCCCCAGGACCACCUCGCUCGCUUCGGGGCAAAUGUGGUCAUCACCCAUAACACGUCGGAGUGCGUUACGUUGAAGAAGGAGAUGGAUCAGCUGAUCGCUAGAGGGCCGCCUCCUCGGUCGGAGCGACCGUCCUCAAGUAACCGGACCUGGAGGAGGCCGCCGGCCCCCACGGCAGCGAUCACAGCAGGAGAACGACAAGAAGAUGGACGGCGGCAUCUAGGGCGAGAAUGUGACGUUCUAGAUGAGGAGGAAAGGCAAGGUCGUCGACACCUGGGGUGUCGGUUCAUCAUGGGAGGAAACACCGGAGGAGAUUCGGUGUCCUCCCGGAAGAAGUGGAAGAACAUGGUGUACCUGGCCGAGGUACAAAGGCCGCCGCUGCCUAAGCGGAAGAAGAAGGAACCUCUGAUCUUUACAGACGAGGAUUAUCCCCCAGUCCUCAGCCCUCACAGGGACGCUCUGGUGAUAAAGGUAGAGAUCAAUAAUGUGGUUGUUCACCGAACUUUGGUCGAUACGGGCAGCUCGGUCAACGUUAUGUACAGCAACACCUUUAAGGAGCUGGGGUUGUCCCGAAGCGACCUGAAACCAAUCCAUACGCCGCUAUCAGGGUUUACAGGGGAUACUAUCGAGGCUGAAGGAACUAUCACGGUAAAGGCCGGGGUAGGAGAUGGCACCCACCGACUCUGGGUCGACGUGGAAUUUAUGGUAGUGCAGCUCGACUGUGCACACCAUCUGAUUCUGGGACGACCAGGGUUGGAGGACCUGGAGUGCGUAAUCUCCCCCGUCCACUUGUGCCUAAAGUUCAACACUCCCACAUGGGUGGGGAUAGCAAAGGGAAACAAAAGCCUGUCACGGUCGUGCUACGUUAGGGCGACCAAGAGCCAAGCCCGGGUCGACGAGAAUGUGAGUACGAUCUGCGCCGCAAUCCAGAAGGAGGGGCGACCACGAGCUGAACCGGCGGAGGAGGUCGAAGAAGUUUCUUUGGACCCGGUCGAACCAGAGCGGAAGGUGAAGGUAGAGGAUAUGCCAGGGGUCGACCCAAAAAUCAUCUGCCAUAGAUUGGCAGUGGAUCCGACCCACAAGCCGGUCAAACAGAAGAAGCGUUUCCUUUCCUCAGAACGGAGAGAGUUUGUCACCAAGCAGAUAGAGUUUAAGCCACGACCGGCGAUAAAGGGGCAGGCGUUGGCAGAUUUCGUGGUAGAGUGCACAGCAAGAGAGGUGGAGUCUAGUGGAAAAGAACCCGAAGGGAGCUGGUGGACGGUGUACACUGAUGGUUCGUCCGCGACUGAUGCUUCCGGAGGAGGCGUCGUGGCGAUAUCACCGGAAGGGUUCAAAGCAUACUACUCCGUUAGAUUCCGGUUUAAAGUCUCAAACAAUGAGGCUGAAUACGAGGCUCUGCUUUGCGGUUUGAGGCUAGCAGCUUCAUUAAAAGCUGAACGAGUUCGAGUCCGGUGCGAUUCCAAGCUAAUAGUAGGUCAUGUCACUGGAGAGUUUGAGGCCAAGGAUGAGCGAAUGAAGAAGUAUAGAGACAUCGCCCUGGAAUUGCUCAAAGCGUUUGGAGCGUACCGGAUAAAGCAGGUACCUCGAGAAGAGAAUGCUGAGGCGGACAUCUUGUCAAAGCUGGGCCUAGAUUCCCCAGAUCAUAUCAAGGCAAUGGCCCAAGGAGAAGAAUUGCUCGAACCAAGCAUCAGUCUCGGACAAGUAUUGGUCAUCACACUCAAGGAGCCAGCGGAUUGGAUUGAUGAGAUUACCAUGUACCUCCUUGAUGGGUCGCUACCUACCGACCCAGUCACGGCGAAAGUGGUAAAACGGCGUGCACCCAGUUACACGCUGGAGUGCGGUCGAUUAUACAAGCGGUCGUACAAUGGGAACAACACAUACCUGGUGGUCGCGAUCGACUACUUUACUAAGUGGGUUGAGGCCGCUCACGUGCCGACCAUUACUGCAGAACAGAUGACGAAGUUCGUUUCCAAGCAAAUCUUGUGCCGAUUUGGGGUGCCCCAGCAGAUCAUCACCGACAAUGGAACCCAAUUCGAGGCCAGAGGGUUCAAUGAGUUUCUACAGAGCUGGGGCAUAAAGCACAGCUAUGCAGCGGUCGGGUACCCUCAAACCAAUGGGCAGGUCGAGAACACUAAUCGCACUAUCGUGGACGGUCUCAAGAAGAAGAUAAUGGAAUGCAAAAGUGCCUGGGUGGAGGAAUUUCCCUACAUUUUGUGGGCCUACAGAACUACCCUAAGGAAGGCCACAGGUGAAACUCCUUUCUCGCUCACAUAUGGAUUUGAAGCAAGGGCUCCAGCGGAAACCUCUUUGUUGAGUUAUAGAGUGGAGACGUUUGAUGCUCAAGAAAACGAAGAGAACUUGAGGGCAGAACUGCACCUCAUUGAUGAGCGUAGGGAAAGGGCAUACAUGCGGGCAGAAAACUACCGCCGGCAGGUCAAGUCAUAUCACGACCAACGGGUGCGACCAAGGCAGUUCAAGAUGGGCGACUGGGUCCUUCGAAAGAGGGAGCUCAGCCGGCCGACCGACGGGGGAAAGUUUGCUAAAAGCUUCGAAGGGCCAUAUAUCAUAAAGGAGGUGUUGGCUGAUGGGACGUUUAGGUUGCAGACUCCAGCCGGUGGCGACGUUCCGCGAGCAUGGAAUGCCGCCAACCUUAUAAAAUUUUAUCAAUAGAUUGUAUUCCAGCCAUGUCUCUUUCUUGAAGUUUAAUAAAACCAGCUUUCUGGCACAUCUUGUCUUCAAUUCUCAAAAAAAAAAGAAAAAGAAAAGAGCGACCACAAGAGGUCGCUAAGCUUAAGCUCGCUAAGCCUAAACGGU